AUGGACAGCAACAACCGCCUGCACCUCAACUUCGGGAAGAACGACCGCGCCGCGCUGAACGACAGAGCCUUCCCCACGACACCCUCGACCUUUCCCCAACCCGUCCCACCGAAUGCGCCGGCCCAACAGCAAGGCGCUGCACACUCGCAGCAGCAACAGGCCUACCCUGCCGGCUACGCACCCCAAGGCUAUUUCCCUCCUGCUGGCACCGCCAGCACCACCGGCACCGCCGGCUAUCCUGCCCCGUAUCCCGCUCAGGCUGUUGGCAACGAUUUUGCCCAUGCCCAGAAUGGCGUCUAUCAAGCACGAUCCAACACGCCCGGCACCAACGACCCCAACGUUGGCCUCGCCAACCAGUUCUCCCAUCAAAAUCUUGGCGACGGCGCCAGAGGCGUAGGCUAUGCUCCUCGAGGUCCCUCACCCUCUCACCGUCCACGAACGGCUGGCGGCGGCGCCAACCCGGCGGGCUAUGGAUCCUACGCGAACGCACCCCCGCUGCCGACGCAGGGCCAGCCACCCGUGGACAACUUCCAGCGCGCGCCGGAGCGAAAUCCUGACGAGUACGGGCCGAUUGCCAACAGCAACCAGAAGAAGUGCUCGCAGCUGGCCACGGACUUCUUCAAGGACAGCGUCAAGCGAGCGCGGGAGCGUAACCAAAGACAAAGCGAGUUGGAGCAGAAGCUGCAGGAUCCCGGACAGAACGCUGCUCGGAAAGAGCAGCUCUGGCUAACGGCCGGCCGGAAAGAGGGCCAGUACCUGCGCUUUUUGCGAACCAAGGACAAGCCUGAAAACUACAACACCGUCAAGAUUAUCGGAAAGGGAGCCUUUGGCGAGGUGAAGCUGGUGCAGAAGAAGGGAGACGGCAAGGUUUACGCCAUGAAGUCUCUCAUCAAGACGGAAAUGUUCAAGAAGGACCAGCUCGCCCAUGUGCGUUCCGAGCGUGACAUUCUCGCCGAAUCGGACAGUCCUUGGGUCGUCAAGCUCUACACCACCUUUCAGGAUUCCUACUUUCUUUACAUGCUGAUGGAGUUUUUGCCCGGAGGAGACCUGAUGACCAUGCUUAUUAAGUACGAAAUCUUCUCCGAGGACAUUACGAGAUUCUACAUUGCCGAAAUCGUCCUGGCCAUCGAGGCAGUCCACAAGCUGGGCUUCAUUCACCGUGAUAUCAAACCCGACAACAUCUUGCUCGAUCGCGGUGGCCACGUCAAGCUGACCGAUUUCGGUCUCUCCACCGGCUUCCACCGACUCCAUGACAACAACUACUAUCAGCAACUGCUGCAGGGGAAAUCCAAUCGCCCGCGCGACCGUAACUCUGUCGCCAUCGAUCAGAUCAACCUUACCGUGAGCAAUCGUUCGCAGAUCAACGACUGGCGACGAUCGCGAAGGCUGAUGGCCUACUCGACCGUCGGCACCCCCGACUACAUUGCCCCCGAGAUCUUCACGGGACACGGCUACACGUAUGAUUGCGAUUGGUGGUCCCUGGGCACCAUCAUGUUCGAGUGCCUGGUAGGCUGGCCGCCCUUCUGCGCAGAGGAUAGCCACGACACGUACCGCAAGAUUGUGAACUGGCGACAGACGCUGUACUUCCCCGACGACAUCACCCUCGGCGCCGAGGCCGAGAAUCUCAUCCGAAGCAUGGUGUGCAACACCGAAAACCGUCUCGGACGCGGGGGCGCGCACGAGCUCAAGAGCCACGCCUUCUUCCGUGGCGUCGAGUUCAACAGCCUCCGGCGCAUCCGUGCUCCGUUCGAGCCGCGACUCACGUCCAACAUCGACACGACGUACUUCCCCACCGACGAAAUCGAUCAGACGGACAACGCCACCGUCCUCAAGGCGCAAGCUUUGCAGAACAACCGUGGCCAGCCGGAGGAGUCGCCCGAGAUGAGCCUGCCGUUCAUCGGCUACACCUUCAAGCGAUUUGAUAACAACUUUCGAUAG